AUGGUAUCUGUUUGCGCGACAUGUAAAGGUCUCCAGAAGCACCUCCAUGGAUCGGACAGCGUGCAAGAGAAUGGGUCAGAUUCGUUCGUUUGGGUAGACACGACGCUGCCAAAUCUGAGGUCUAGGUCAAGUUCCUGCCGCGCGUGCGCGCUCCUCCUCAAUGGCAUCCUCCUACACCACGACCGGUUCCCAAACAUCAACGAAGAUAAUGUUAGAGUGAAGGCAGAAACAUUCAGGCCAAAAAAUGGAAAAGUUCCCCAAGAACAUCUUUCAGUUGAGCUCCGAUGGAAAGACAACGACGACCAUGACGAUUGCCACGAGGACGAACAUGAACAUGCGGCAGGCCAUGCAGAUCUGAAACUCGAGUUCUUCACCGAUGGAGACGGCCAGUCUCCUUUCUCCGCCAUUGGGCGAGGAAGACAUGUGACAGAUAACCCACUACAGGGUACUGGUCUAGCAACAGCUCGAGACUUGAUAAAGACCUGCCUAGAGACCCAUGUUACAUGCAGUCGCCGAGGUAAACCGACCACACUGCCGAAGCGCGUACUAGACUUGUUGUCGCGCGACGACUCCAAGAGCAUGCGCUUGCACGAAAGUGAAUACGUCCAAGACGAGAGGAGAUAUGAACACGGCGAGUAUAUCGCCUUGAGUCAUGUUUGGGGGCUGGCCAAAGGGAUCCCGAAAACUACGUUAGCAAACCUGCAAUCGCACAAGAAGAGCAUUCCAUGGUCAACAUUGCCAAGAGCAUACCAAGAGGCCGUCUUCCUCACCCGAGCGCUUGGUUUCCGCUGGCUGUUCAUCGAUAGUCUGUGCCUCAUACAAGAUGACGUCCAAGAGAAGCUUGAAGACUCGCUCCAGAUGGAUGAGAUCUUCGGCAACGCCUUCCUGACGAUUGCGGCGACCUCCGCAUCCGACAGCAGCACUCAACCCCUCUUCCCUCCCAAAACACAGCCAUUCAAGAUCCAAGCAACGGACAACAAAGGCUCGCUACAUAAGAUCAAUGUGCGGGAGCAGCCGAGUCAUUAUAGUUUCAAGGCGCCUUUUGACGGAAAUGCUCACAUGAACGAGUGGGAGCUACCCUUCAACAUGUCCGAAGAAGCAAAUCUACACACGCCCCUCUUGAUUCGCGCAUGGCCAUACGCCGAACGCCUACUUUCGCCGAGAGUGCUACAUUUCACCAAGAGCGAGAUGAUAUUGGAAUGCCGAAAAGGUUACCAAUGCGAAUGCGGGCGUAUUGACGACGGUAUAUAUGAUACGCGGCCAUGCGACCAGGUCAAGCAGGAGUUUGGCAGAGUCCUACACGAAACAGCCAACAGGCCACAGCAAACUAGCAGCAACGGAAACAUGGGACACACCCGGAUGGACAGCAUGACAAACCAACUGGCCUCCACAAACCUCACCAACGGCGCUCAGCAAGAGCUGUUACGCAGACGCGAAGAAACACUUCAACUAUGGUCCUACAUCAUAACCGAAUACACAGCACGCCAUCUCACCUACGACAGCGACCGCCUGAUAGCAAUAGCCAGCAUCGCAAAAGCCCUCUCUCUGACCCUCCACUCAGGUUAUAUAGCUGGCCAAUGGACCUUCAGCACCCUCGGCCUCCUCUGGUAUCCCAACGACAGUUCACGUUGCCGGCGCCCGAAACUAGCCCAAGGACAAAACGUGCCAAGUUGGUCGUGGGCCUCAGUCGAAGGCUCACCUAUCUUCUUCGACAACACAAGUGCCAUGGAUCUUGCGUGCAGAGCUUCUUUUGGUCCAAAAGGCAAGCGUGCGAGUGCUUGGUCACCUAUCAUGGGCGAACCCCUCGAACUUUCAGGUGCGAUGACCGCAGAAGUCGUUUUUCACACUUGUCCAUCUCCCUCUACAUCGUCAGACGCCCCACCCUCAUACAUGCUAGCCAAAAACGGCAUGACCGUCGAUUUUACCCCCGACGUCGUCCCUCCCCGCGGCGAAGACGCGCUGCAAGAUGGCGAAACCCUCGUUUGCGUCCUCGUUAGCAUGACAUUCCGUUCUUCUAUCGUCGGUAUCGUCCUCAAGUCUUCGUCUUCAUCGGGGAACAACACGUUUCGUCGCGUGGGUAGACUGGAGUGUUAUGAGUGUACGCCUGAAGGGACGGAGCAGGAGAUGAGUGAGGAUGCUGAGGCGCUGUUUGAACAUUGGUUUCCCGAGAUUCAGGAUAUGACGCAGUUGGAUAAUUAUCCGCAGAGGACUUUCACCGUUGUCUAAGGGCAUGGUUGGAGGGCAGGGUAGUGUAACCUGAGUUAUUGUUUGAGGGAGAUUGGGAUGGAAACAGCCAUGUUGGACUUGUGGGGUUGGCUGGGCUUUCGUUCGUGCUUUGUGUAUUCGAUACCCCCUUUGCUACUGGCACAUCACGGUAGCACUUUCAUUGUUCGUGUUUGGAUGUGGGUAGAAGAGGCUGGGAGCUGGUAUUUCCACAGGCAUAUAUACUAGGUAUCAUACACAGAUUUGAUUUC